UUGAAACUGAUGCAGCAGCAGUGACAAAAUGGCAGAGAGAAUGAGCUAUUUUAUGUGAUUUGUUGUGAAAAAACUUGUCUUUUAAUGCGUUUAUUACAAGGAUGUAAUGUUUUUAAUGUCGUGAAUGAGGCUUGACGAAACACCAGUUACAUAAAAUUAUGCUGUGGGUGGAGUAAUUUACUUUGUCAAGGUGUCAUGAGAGCCGCUCAUGCAACUGAACUCUUUGAAGGUGGUGUCAGACCACUUGGUGGAGCGUCUAAGAUUGGAUGGUCGAGAUAAUAGCAAGGAUUUAGGGACUCUUCCCGGAAGUAUUGUGCCAAAGGAAGAACCGGUUGACAGUGAAGGACCACAGGAUUCACUUCUACCCUCUCUGCAAUCAAAGUUGGAUCUCAACAUGAAUAGUAAUAAUUUCAUGUAUCGGACUAUGUUCCUGCUGAGUGAUAGCCUCCAGCCAAACACUCCUCAGCAUAAUAGACCGUUAGUGUCAUCUGGAAAAAAGGCUCCAACGGCUUAUAGCAAUGUCUGUGACAAAGGAUGUCAGUGUGAGGGACCCAACUCCCUGUUUUGUGGGAGUGGGAGUGCUCUCAUGUUUCCCCACCCUGAUGGAUCAAAAGCAAACAGUUUAAAUCCUAAGCACCUCAUGUCCUCCUACGGACCAAUUCAAUUAUCAUCAGCAAAUGAUGAAAAUGACUUUUCAUUAAAAAAGAAUGCUGCAACUAUGAUAACACCUCCCACAUUACCUGCACAUCCCCCAGCCAACUCAAGUGAAAUGCACAAUCCAUCCAAUCCAGCUUCUAGUGAUAAAGUUGUAAAAGAAAGACCACAUACCUGUGAAGACUGUGGAAAAACGUUUCUUCUCAAGCACCAUCUUGUCACUCAUGCAAGAGUCCAUUCUGGUGAAAGACCACAUGCCUGUCCUCAUUGUGGUAAAAGUUUUGCCCACAAGCAUUGCCUGAGCACUCAUCUUCUACUUCAUACGUCAGACCGACCCUACACUUGCCAAGAAUGCAACAAAUCUUUCACUCUUAAACAUCACUUGGUGACACAUGCUCGAGUUCACAGUCGGGACCGUCCUUUCGUCUGUCAAGAAUGUGGGCGUACUUUCCCACAAAAAAGGCAUCUUGUUACUCAUGGGAAAUUUCAUUCCGGAGAAAGACCAUUUGUGUGCCCUGAAUGUGGGGAAUCGUUCUCACAGGAAGAGCACCUUAUAAUGCAUUCAAGAUUUCAUGGAGGCCAGCGCCCAUAUAGCUGUCAAGAUUGUGGUGUCUCUUUUGCUCGUAAAUUUGAGCUGGUUAAUCAUGGUCGGAUCCAUGGCAGGGUACCACAUUCUUGUGCAGUGUGUGGGAAAGAAUUUCUUCAAAAGCGAACUCUAUUAGCUCACUCACGACUUCAUACAGCUUCUGAUGAAACAGAACAUCCUUAUUCUUGUAUUCAUUGUGGAGAGGCAUUUACCGCAAAAUCAGCUCUGACAGCUCAUACCUGUGGUGACAAAGAGAAAAAUUUCGUCUGUCGAGAAUGUGGCAAUGGUUUUUCAAGUCGAGAAGGUCUCUCAUUACACUUGAGAUUGCAUGCUGGUGAUAGAAGUUUUGUGACUGACUUGUGCAGCUUGGCGGCUGCGUUCCAGCACCAACAACCUGGGUUGAAUCAGUUGUUCAGCUCUGGUCAAGGAGCCUCGGGAGCAAAUCAAGGUCCAGCUGGUCAUUCUCAAGGGCAAAGCAGUCAAUCACAAACUCCAUCUCAACCUCAGACACCUCAACCUCCAGGGGCGCAAUCUGUCUCCAGUCAAUCCCAGCCUCAUCCCUCCCAUGUUCAUGGUCACACUGUGCAUGGUCAUGGAAACGGUCAUGGAAGUCAUCAUAUGAAGGGGGCAAGACAAAACCAUCUUCAUGGUCACCCUGCUGUAGUGCCUAAGCCCAAACCCCAUGUGUGUCAAGAUUGUGGGCGUGCUUUUACUCAAAAGCAUGGACUUUUACAACACAAUAAAAGAUAUACUAAUGGUGGUUGUGAAAUUAGACGUUUUGCGUGUGACAAAUGUGGUAAAGCAUUCCUGCAAAAGAACCACUUAGUGCUUCAUGAACGCCAGCACCUGGAGCCACACCAAAGAAGUGCAGGUGGUCAAGCUCAGGCGCAAGCGCAAGCACAGGCAGCACAAGUUCAAGUUCAGCAAAAUCCUGCUCAUGGGAGUCUUUCUCAACCCACUCAACCUCAACAGCCACCACAGCAAGCUCAGCCUCAGAGCCACCCCCAGUCUCAUCCUCAAUCAGCAGGUGGAGAGCAGCAUUACAUGGAUCACAGUCAGGCCUCAGUAAUUGAGCUUGUUGAACAUAAGAGCUUUGUUCAUCCUUUGCAGCAGCAAUAGGAAAGGUUCAUGUUAUGUCUUGAGUGUGCCAUUUCAGUGAGUCAAAGUCAAAACCAAUAUUACUGUUUUUUGUUUUUUUUAAAUAUCCACUCUUACUUCUAGUGCUUCACCCUCUUAAUUAACCACCCAGCUGAUGGCAAAAUAUUAUAAAUUUGUAUCUCUUAACUUGGUAUUCUUGAUACAUUUCUCUCUGCAAAUCCAGGGGCAGUACAAAGCUACUCUUUACUAGUGGUGUGUACGUAUACAGCAUGCCCAUUUCCCCAGUACAAAAUAAGUGAAAUGAGCGCACAUGUAUCCAAAACAUGUUACCAUAUGCUACAUUGUAGCAUUUAACCGUACCUAGGAAGUCUUUGAUCACUCUGUUUUCUUUAUCUGUUUCGUUUAUACUGGUUAUGUUAUUUUGAGUUUAUGUUAAAUUAUAUGUAUAUACAGUCAGGGUUUAUAGGCAAAUUUUCUACUUGCUCUAACAAUUGAUUUAUUAUGGUUUCUUGUAUCAGUUGCAUUUCUGCUUUUCUAAAUUUUCUUUGACUGUAUUUUUUAGUGGUGUGAACUAAGCUGGGUCUGACAUUACUUGGCCAAGGCCGAUCCAUUUAUUUAUUCAUAUUAGUUAUUAUUUGAACUGUACUUGGCAGCUAGAUAUUUGCAAUUGAAGUAGCAGUGAAUGAAUAUAUGAUCUUGCCAAAUGAUUCCUUGUUCUUAGUCUAUUGAUAUUUUAAUCUAAAGAUCCAAUAGUACUGUUAGUAAAAUCUUCAGAAACAUCAUUCACAGUUUUCCUUUGGGAAGCUCAGAGUAUUGCAGGGUGUCUUUCUCUCAUGGUUAUUAUUAUUAUUAUAACACAGCAGUGCAACCUUUUCUUUCCUAGGUUGACCAGGGGAGGCCUGAGCCAGCAGGGUUACCCCUUGGCAUCCGCAUUAUUGACCGCACUCCCCCUUCGGUCCCAUCAAUCAAUCAAUCAUUCAACCAACCAAUCAAUCUCAAUUAGGACAUUUUACUAGAAGUAAGAGAACUUACUAUGUAGAUUGUUAACAAAUGUAUACUACAGGCACCUUUUUGAGGAGGAGAACCUGGGUAGGGACAUCAACAGUAUUCUGAACUGAGACCUUGUUUUCUAUGGCCCUUCUGAGCACAGAGUUCCAAUUCUAAAUUGUCAUACUGUAUACACAAUAAUAGGUGUUGAAGUAAUGCAAGCCACCUGUACAUUUUAUUGGCAGACCACAGUGGAUCCGUAUUUGUGUGGGUUAGCUUACCCUUCCUUGCUAGAGGUUCUUCCAAUUUGACUGCUUUCAUAAGUAGAUAAUUGUAUUGUUUUAUUUUAUUUAUUUUGUCAGUGUUAUGACAUUUCCAGAUUCUCUCGGCAGCCUUUUCUUAUCUGCUGUGCUUUGUGUACUGAUUGAUUGGAUCUGUUACAAAUUUUAUCGUUAGAACCUACCUUUUUACAAUAAAAUAUCCUGUACUUAAAUAUAUAUCUGGUUAACUGAUAACUGAGAAGAGUAUAAAAUACUGUCAAGCUCAUUUCUUAUUAAAAUUCAUUCGGCAUUGCAGUUACAGGAUCUGUAGUAUAUUUUGGUAUUAAAAUUUUAGAUGAAGAAAUUGGACAAUAUGAUUGAUUGUUGUGUUGGUGAAAGAAAUUUUCUCCGAUAUUUCUUUGAUAAUGUUGCACCAACAUGUGCAUGUGGUGCACACAUCUGAACAGAAAACAGUUUACAAAUCAGCAUUUUUAUGUUCCCAUCAUUUUGUUGAUUGCUGAUUCUAUUAAAGAUUAAUAGCAAUUCAUUCUUACUUUUUAGGUAAUGUUUUACCUAAUUCACAUUUGGGUUUCAAAUCGUUGAUAGGUUUGCAGUUGUAAGAAAGAACCUGUGCUGUCAUUGCUCAGACCUUUUGUUUAAUAAUUUACUUGUGAACAGGAGAUCUCUAGUUGUGUGCUUACUGCAAUAGAUGUAUAGUCUUAAAGCUUUUACAUGAAAACAACAGUGAGUAGGAACUUUAACAGCGUUUUCAAAGGAGGUGGAUUACUGUUACCAUCUCACUCAAUUGCGCAUCAACAAAUCUAACCUUGAAGGAAAACUUUUUGAUAAGGGGGAGAUGAGAACUCAAAAAUCCACUUCAUCAUUCAGAUAGAUACAGGGUGGUCCACAGACCCCUUCCUUUAUUUUGCUUAUACUGUACCGCAUGCAUGCGUGCGGGCGGGCUUGCCUACUGUCGCUCACCAUGGGCGCCUUAUGGCCCCGUGCGAGUAUGCAACCCGUCCGCACGCCUGCAUCCGGUACAGUAUAAGCAAAUAAAAGGAAGGGGUCUGUGGACCACCCUGUAGGAUCAAGGGUUAUUUAGAAUCAGAUUUUAAUUUAGAAUUAACAGAAUUUGUCAAUUUGGAAAAAGGUAGACUUCAGUUUGUGCUAGUUACGUUUCUGAUAAUCAUUACCUGUCUUAUUGUAAACUCAUGGUCUAUGGUGCUAUGAUGACAAAACCAUAGGAUUAAAAGUGGCCCUCAUGACUGAUGUGAUUUUAUUGUGCUUGUAGUUUUUUAUUCACUUCUCUAUUUGAUUCAUUCUUGGUUUUUGCUGUUAUAACCUGUGCAAGGGAUUGACAAUAUGAUCCGUAAUAUAUCUCAUAUCUGUUUGCCAUAUUUACAAUUGUAUUCAGGGCUUACUCCUCACACUGUGCUCCACCUGCUUUAUUAUGUGCUUGCUGAAAUUAAGAUAGGCAUAUUAUAGUUUUUUUUAUCAGAAUUAAUUAUGCCGUUCUACUGCAUUGAAGCUUACAGGCUGUUUUUGGGAGUCACCUAUAUAAUAGGUCUCACCUCAGGUUUUAAUUAUGCCAAUACAUCUGUCAUUUAUGGGUUCUGAAUUUUCUUUGUGCAUUACCAGCCUCAUUACAUUUUUGUAUGAAGUACAUUAUGAUUAAUUGAAGGGCAGUAGAAGGUAAAAUUCUCAUGUAACUUUAAGGUUUUUGUGUAUCAUUCACUUCACUUGUGAUUCUGUUCUGGUGUGCACUUGAGUGUCAGGAUGCCAUUGCAUUAUACACUUUUCCAAAAUAUAUUAAAGAGUGCAACUAAUGUAAUUUUCAAAAGAGACUUGAUGGAUAUGUUAUAUUAUUCAUUUUUAAACAGUAUUGUCCUUUGAGGGAAGUUCAUGUGCAUAAAUCAGGCACACAGUUUUGCCUGUAGUUACAAAUUACAUAAGAUAUGUUAAAGAUAGGUAUAUAUGUAUGUAUGUAUGUCAAGAGAUAGUUUAAUACAAUAAAUAUGUGCUAUGCAGGUCCUUAUUCACGGCCUGCAUUCAAUCACCCAA